UUUAGAAAAAAAUGUAACCGUCUAAAUUUUGAAAAAUGCCUAAAGUCACCUCAAAGUUAACAUCCAGUGGAAAAAAGAAGAAGAAAACUGUUUGCUGCAAAUAUUGUGACAAAGAGUUUCGGUUUCCCUGCUUACUUGUAACCCAUUUGAGAACACAUACUGGAGAGAAACCUUUUAAGUGCGAUAUUUGUGAAAAAAGUUUCCAUAGCCGUCCAAUUUUAAAAGCUCAUAAAGAAAGUCACAAAGAACAAAAGCCAUUCAAAUGCUCGAUCUGCGAAAAGUCAUUUCACUAUAUUUUUGCUGUAAAACGACAUGAAAAAAUACAUACAGGAGUCAGACCAAAAUACAAAUGUGAAAUAUGCGACAAGUACUUUACUCAGAACGGUAACAUGUAUAGACACAUGUUACUCCACAAUAGAGAUAAACUAUAUGAGUGUAACCUAUGUGAAAAGGGAUUUAUGCAACAUAAAGAAUUAAGAGCACAUUAUUCUGAACAUAAUAAGAAACCAUUCCAGUGUAGCGAGUGUGACAAAGCAUUUUUCCGAGAGACUACUCUAAAAAGACAUCAACUAACUCACAAAAACAACAAACCAUACCAAUGUUCUAUUUGUGACAAGUACUUCAAAAGCAAAUCACACAUGAAAAGGCAUAUGGUCAUCCAUUAUCGAAAGAAACCCUAUGAAUGCAAACUGUGCCCUAAAGGUUUCACACAAUAUAAAGAUUUAAAAAGACAUUAUACCAAACAUAACAGUAUGAAACCAUAUAAGUGUGAUAAAUGUGACAAAGCAUAUUUACAAGAAGCUGCUCUAACAGUUCACAAACGCACUCACACUGGAGAUAAGCCACACAAAUGUAACAUUUGCAUGAAAAGCUUUGGAUAUAUAAGCAAUAUGAAACGGCAUGAAAAGACGCAUUUAACCAAAACCAAUAACAAAUAGAACUUAAUUUUGCACCUAAUUUCACCAUUUUUUUCUGAGUUAAAUUGUUAAUUUUUCUUCAUUGGUGUUGUAGGAAUUCUUAUUAAUACUCAAUCUUGUUAGAGUUUCAAUUUUCGUACAUAAUUGAUUGAAUGAAUGUAA